CAGACGGGACAAUAACUCUGUUGUGAGCAUCUAGUUUGUGAGCCAUACAGAAGCUUGGGGCAUACAGAAUAAGUAGCAUAUAUCGUCCAUGGACCAGACCGGGACACUGGAACAAGGCUGACGGUGCAGCGUCCUACGAGUCACACUGAGACAAGCGCCUUGAUAGCGAGCAGCCCGGGAGAAACGCAAAGUCUUCGCUUCGAACCACAUCGGUAAAUAUGAGAACCAGGUCCAAGCAAGGUGUCUGCAGGAGACGGUGGGACGUACCUGCGUUGCGAUGUUGAGUCUAUCAUGCCCACGCUAGUCCGUUUCUGGCCAGCGCGCUUUGCUCACAAUCGAAUUUCGCCCACGGUGCCUGCCCCACGCCGCCACUACUUGAACUUUCGCAGCCGCACGCCUCACGCCCGACCAGCACACAUACACACACAUAUCGAUAUCUACACGACACGCACAAUCAGAACGACUAUCGUUCCACAACACACAACAACCAUGUCGCGAGUAGCAGGACGAACAGACUGGGCCGAGGAGGAAGACGAGGACUCCCUCGUGCUCCCACAGCAGCAGAUUAUCAAGAACAAGGAUGGAACCGAGACCAUCAUUACCUACUCCAUCCGCGAUGACGGCAAGAAGAUCAAGACCACCCGCCGCAUCAAGAAGACCGUCAACAAGAUCGUUGUAAACCCGCGCGUCGCUGAGCGCAAGCACUGGGAGAAGUUCGGGCAAGAGAAGGGCAAGCCUGCUGGACCCCAAACGGAUACUGUCAGUGUCGCCGAAAACAUCGUGUUCCGACCAGUUGCUGGCUGGAAGGCCAACACCGAGGAGAAGAGCCAGGAGGAAAAGAGCAAGGCCGAUGCGCUCAAGUCAGCAAAGAUUAAGUGCCGUAUUUGCCAGGGAGACCAUUUCACCACAAAGUGUCCCUUCAAGGACACCAUGGGCGAGGGCGAAGUCGCGCCCGCGGACAUGCCCGACGAUGCUCCCCAAGCAGGCGGCGCUGGCAUGGGCUCCGGCAGCUACGUUCCCCCUCAUCUCCGUGGCCGUGGAGCAGGUGCCGGUGAAAAGAUGGGCGGCAAAUUCGAGCGCGACGAUUUGGCCACGCUCCGUGUCACCAACGUUUCCGAAUUCGCAGAAGAGCAGGACCUGCGCGACAUGUUCUCAAGAUACGGUCAUGUUACCAGAGUGUUCCUCGCCAAGGACAGGGAAACAGGUAGAGCAAAGGGCUUCGCUUUCGUCAGCUACGCAGACCGAACAGAUGCAGCCAAGGCUUGCGAGAAGAUGGAUGGAUUCGGUUACGGCCACCUUAUCCUACGCGUCGAGUUCGCCAAGAAACCCGGUCAGUAGAAAGAAGCGAUGGCUAAAUGGCAACCGCAACGGGAUAGGUGAGAAAGUGUUUUUCAAAGGGACGAAUUGGGCCUCAUUUGUCGGGCCGAAAAACAGCCUUGACGCUCCAUGCGUGAGACUCAUUCAUGGCUAUUGUAUGAAUUGCAUGGCGGCGUUAUAUGGUAUGGCAGUUUGGUUGGUUGCAAUGUAGACAACAUACCGUUAGAGCAUAUUGUGCAGGCCAGGCCGCAUGUGUUCGUUCGGUGUAGGUACAUUACUCCAUCAGGGGGAGUUUAAUGCAUUAUUGGUUCAAAGACA